CCGAUCUGCAAUUUCACUUUCUGGAAUUCACCCUGGGGCCCAGUCUGCGAUGGUCCCGGAGUGGUUUGCGGUGACAGCAUGUCCGAGGCAAAGCGUCCUCGGAGGGCUCGGGCACAGAGCUCCGGGGCUGUCGAGAAGGGUCCCAGGCACCUGCCAGACAGCAACACCAUGAGCUUCGUGGCGUAUGAGGAGCUGAUCAAGGAGGGUGAUACGGCCAUCCUGUCACUGGGCCAUGGUGCGAUGGUAGCAGUGCGUGUGCAGCGUGGGGCACAGACCCAGACCCGGCAUGGUGUCCUGCGGCACUCAGUAGACCUCAUCGGCCGCCCCUUCGGCUCCAAGGUGACCUGUGGCCGAGGGGGCUGGGUGUACGUGCUGCACCCCACGCCUGAGCUCUGGACACUGAACCUGCCACACCGCACCCAGAUUCUCUACUCCACCGACAUUGCUCUGCUCACCAUGAUGCUGGAGCUUCGGCCUGGUUCUGUGGUCUGUGAAUCCGGCACUGGCAGCGGCUCCGUGUCCCACGCCAUCAUCCGCACCAUCGCGCCCACGGGCCACCUGCACACCGUGGAGUUCCACCAGCAGCGGGCGGAGAAGGCUCGGGAGGAGUUCCAGGAGCAUCGAGUGGGCCGCUGGGUGACGGUGCGCAACCAGGACGUGUGCCGCAGCGGCUUUGGUGUGAGCCACGUGGCAGAUGCUGUUUUCCUGGACAUCCCGUCUCCUUGGGAGGCUGUGGGCCAUGCCUGGGAUGCCCUCAAGGUUGAAGGUGGGCGCUUCUGCUCCUUCUCGCCGUGCAUCGAGCAAGUGCAGCGCACCUGCCAGGCGCUGGCGGCGCGCGGCUUCUCGGAACUGAGCACCGUGGAGGUGCUCCCCCGGCUCUACAGCGUGCGCACCGUCAGCCUGCCUGCGCCCGACCUGGGGGCCGGCCCGGGGCCCGGCGCCCGCCCCUUCCGCAGCGGCACGCCCACGAAGGAGGCCGUGGGCCACACGGGCUACCUGACCUUCGCCACCAAGACCCCGGGCUAGUGGGCCUCCCGCCGGGAGCCGCAGGGAGCCGAGAGCCCGCGGAGGGGGCAGGGGGCAGCUCAGCACAGGCCACCUUAUGUGGUCAGCGCACGCCUGCUGGGGCCUGUGUUUAGACAGAACACGCGGCGGGCGGGGCGGGGCGGGGCUUGGGGGCCUCUCGGGGCGGCCGGUCCUCUCCGGGUGGGAACGUCUCCCGCCCCUCGCCCCCUGUCCUGCUGCCGUCUGUUGCCACAGUCUCUGCUGUCACCGGCUCUUCUGGCUGUUGAGGCCAAGGGGUGUAGGUGGUGGGGCCCUGACCCCUUCCCAGGUAGCCCCAAACUGGCAGGGGGCUGAGGGAGCCAGGACUCGGAGGAGGAGGACCCCUGGGUCUGUGGGCUAGCCCCUCUUCCCCCCGGAGCUGAUGGUGCUGGGCUGGGGGAGGGAGAGGUGGGCUUGCUGGGUGGCCUGAGGCCUGAGCACCCCCCCAUGAGGACCUUACAGGCCAAGUGGGAGUGCCCUGUACCCCCUCCCAUGGGGGGGAAGGGGCCCGGGCAGCCUUGCCCGUCUGCCGCGCUUCUCCCGCCACUGGAAGUGCCUUCCGUGGCCCUGGUCCAGCCAGAGCCCCGGCGUGUCAGUGAGAACAGAGCGCCACUUAGCCAGGAGCCUGAGGGGGACAGUAAAGUGCCUCAGGUGACCCGGCCCAGCCCUCUCAGAGCUGUUGGAACCCCGGCUGUCCAGCCCCGGGGCUGCUUGGGUGCCCCUGCCCCUCACAGGACUGCUGGGGGCAUGGGGGUGCAUCCAGGACGGAGGGCCGUACCCCGUGUCACCUGCCUGGCCCUGGUCUCCAGCUCUGGGCCGGGUGCCUGGCAUCCCUGCCGGCCUUGGUUGCGUGAAGGGCCUGAGCGUCUGCCCUUGGCCUCACCUGUCCUCAAGAGCUUCCGUUUUCCAUGCUAGGACAAGAGCCCCAGGGAAGUGUGCCGCCGGGCGCUGGCUCCCGACCUGGCAGAGCAAUAAACACUCUUGCCGCCGCCGUGCUCCCUGGUCUCUUCGGUGCCCCCCCACGCCAGUGCCCUGGCCGGGCCUCCCCCCACACCAGCGCCCCGGCCCCUGCUCCUUCCUCUCCCUGUCCCGGGGGCCCUGGACUCCAGGACAGCAGCCUGGGACAUGAUGGACAAAGGGGCGAGUGUGUGGCCACCCCCACUCAGCCACAGAAAGGGCCACUUGUCCUAGUGGAGGAGGAGGAGGAGGGUCUGCGUGUGUGUGUGUGUGUCCAUGUGUCCAUCCCAGAGCACUGGACCCUCGCUUCACAGCCUGGCUUGGCCUUGCAUUCAUUCAUAGCAGGCGCCACCUCUUGUGUUUCCGGAAGGGCCUAGAUCUCAAGAAGGACCCCCCCCACACACACAGGCCUGCCCUUCCAGACCCAGGCCACAUUCAGGCCUGAGACCUUGCAAAGGUGCCAGGUGAGGUGGGCCUACUGGAGGACUGGUCUCUUGGGGGCAGCUUUACAGGGCUGGGGGGCCUCCCCUCUCCUGCCCAGGCUCCUAGCAGGACCUGAGUCCCAUCAGAGUUCCUCUGCGGCCCUGGAACCACCAGCCCAGGGGUCUUAUUCUCCCUCCCAGGACCUGUCCUGAGCUGUGAGCAAAUGCCUAGCUUAGGGGACAGAGGAGGGACCUGUGCCUUACCCUGGCCUUGGAGAGAGGCAGGCAAGAUGCCUGACGCAGGGCAUAACCCUGCACGCUCUGCAGAGCACACGGGCCUGCCUGUGUGUGCUCCUUCUUCCAUGUGGGGCUGAGGAUGGUGGCCUAGACUCCAGCCCUGGGCAUCCCUGGGCCUGUGGGAGCUGGAGGAUUGGGGUCAGGAGACCUGCACGCCUGCCCCUGCUCGUACACGUACCUGGCCCAGGGCAGUUCUGAAGUCCAGGGGGACCCUCCAGCCCCUCAGCUGUGCUGCCAGGCCCCACACGAGCCCCUGGGCACCAGCCUCAUCCCAGGUAGCCAUCCAGGCUCCAUUCGACCUCAGCUUGGAGCUCCAUGUGGCCCUGAGCCCCCCGGGAACUCCUGUGCACCCUUUGUAAGACCCCCUCAAAUGUCUCUCUGCCGGCCACCGCCAAUCUCAGGCAGGAGCAUCCUGCUCCACCGUUCUCAGCCCUCACGUCUCCCGGCCUGCGAUCCCAACGCUGAAUAGUGCCCCAGUUUGGCAGAAGGGAAGCCAGAGGCAGGGCCAGCGCCCAUGGUGAGUGCGUGACUGGGUCAGCAGGUCAGUGACCAUCACCUCCAAGAGUCAGCGGCAUGGGGCUGGUCACAGGGCAAGGAUUCACCCAGACACUCCAGUGACGCUCCAUUUUUCCUGGAAAUUCCUGUACCCGCCCAGUCACACGUCUCGCUGCCUGCCUGAAGGCCUAGAGCCCCUGAAGGCCUAGAGCCUCUGAAGGCCUAGAGCUCCUGGCUCACCCGCUCCCAGGGCCCCAGCCCAGGGUCCUGCCCUACCGGCAGGGUUAGAGUCGGCUUCGGCCUCCAUAGAGGCUGGCUCCAGCCACUUCCCCCAGGAAGUCCCCUGGGCCUUGCCCUCCUCAGCCCUGAUACGUGCUGCCCCUGCCCUGGCCUGCUUCGCCCUCACCUGCCUGUGAGGGGCUCGCCUCCUCUAGCAGGAGCCCCUGAGGCAGCGUGGUCUGGGGCCUGGGGCCUGGGGCUGGAUUUCGGACAGGCGGUGGGUGAUAUAAUGGCUGCCAGGCCCCUGAGGGCCACAUCCUGUCAAGCAGUGUGACAAGGGUUGUUUGCUCCACGAAGACAGGACAGCAGGUGGACUUCCCCACACCUGCCCCCCUCACCCCUACUGUCUAGAUCUGUGGCCCACCAACCUCCCCCCCACCCCCGCCUCUGUCUUCCAAGAGAUGUGGGCCCCUUGCCUCUAACCUGUUGCUGAAGGCAGGGCAGGCAGGCUAUGUGGGACUCCAGGCCCAGGGAGAUGAUGCUAUUCCUGCCCCACCCUAGCUCACUGCACAGGUGGAGAAACAGGCCCAGAGGAGAUGAGACUCACUGGGAUGCAGGCCGGCUUCUACCCACCAGGGACUCCCAGACCCUCUCCCACCCUGUGUGGUACCCUAGGUUGUGACCACAGAGGACAAAGGGGAGAGCUCUGCUAUAAUCCUGGAAGACUCCAGAAGAGGUGACAGCCAUGCGGGGGCUGAAAGGGCGGGUGGAAAUUGGAGGAGGCUGAGCAGGAGGCCUUGCCAGGUGGGAGUGGGCAGGCCUGGGGCAGGAGACGUCAGGCAGGCCGGGAAGAAUAAGAUGGGAGUGCCAGUGGGGAGUUUGAGUAGGUGUGGAGGGCACUUCCUCCCAGCUGGUAGCUGCCUGCCCUGUUCGCAAGGCUGCUCGAAGCACAGACUGGCUGCCCAGACACAGUACCCCAGCCUGCCCAGAGGCAGCCUGGGGAUGGCCCUGCCUCCUGGCGGGGCCUCAGGUGAGAGAAUCCCCAGGGGCAGCCCUGCUGGAGGUCUUGGCCCUUGAUGCCCUCAGGAGGGAGUGUGGGGGGGGGCUGCCCAAUUGUGCCCAAAUCUCAGAAUCCUGCCAUCGCCAGCCUCACGGGGUGCCAUCCCCCCGCCCAGCAAGUGCGGACCAAGCCCCUCCUGGCGCUGAGGACCCAGACAUUCAGGGCAGCCCAGCCUGCCCUUGCGGGGCUCCUGGGAACCAGGCCCAGAGUGCAGGUGAGAAGUGUAUGGUGGAAGCAAAGCAAGGGACAGGGGUUAAACUCGGGGGGGGGCCGGUGGAGGUUGGGGUUGGGACAGUCGGGAAGGCCUUGCCAGCAGGUGGCCCCUGCAGUCAGAGGGACAAGAGAUUUGGACCUGAGCCGUAGCGGGGCUGCCCAGACUCCACUCUGCCCUCCACUGGGGGGGUGCAAGCACUUAAGGGCUCAGGCUCUGAGCCUGCCUGCUUCCCGUCCUCCCUGUGGCGCCACGGUGACAAGUCACUUCCGUCCUCCUGGCAGAGAGGAGGGUGAACACAGUGCCUGCCUUGGCAUGGGGGUGGGGAAUUGCUGCCAGAGAUGAAGUGUCGCAUCAGCGUUUGCUCAGUCAGUCCUCACAGAACAUUUCUGAUAUAUAUAUUUUUUAAGUUAAAAUUUAUUUCUUUGAAUAAUCUCUACACCCAUCGUGGGGCUCGAACUCAUGGCCCUGAUAUCAAGAGUUGUGCGCUCUCCCGACAGAGCCAGCCUGGCGCCCUAGAACGGCUCUAUGAUUGUUAUCACUAGUGGGAGCUACCGCUGCCCCCGCCUCCAGGAAGCCCUCAGUCUCUGUUGCAGAUUCCGAGGCCAGAAUUCUGGGGCCGCUUCUGGGUCCAUCUGAGAAUGUCCUUUGCAAUGUGAGGCCCUUGAAUAGCUGUUUGCUUCAGGGGCGCUUGACUAGUUGAUCAGGAUCAUGGCAGAGGCGGUUUGACGUUGAGACUUCUCUGGAAAAUCCAGCUCAUGCGCUCCCUGUGCUUACAGUUAAGUGUGUAAUAAAACAGAACUGCAAGAA